AGAUAAAAAUAACUAAGUUACUAAUAAAUAAUCCAUUAUUUAAUUAAUACUUUGAUAAGUAUAUAUCACGUGUUUAUCACGAACACACUGUAAUUUUUUUUUAUUAAUAAAUAAACAAAAUACAAUUUUAUUCUCGCUUAAAAUUACCAAUUUUCCUCAUUUUGUUGUUAUCUUAUAAAAUUUACCAAAAUGAACGGCGAGUGCAAGUUGGAUUAUCGCGAAGCGGACAUCACCCAUGCUGAGCGCUUGAAAGAAGAAGCUAAUGUCCAUUUCUCCGCUAAACGUUAUGCAGAUGCCAUCGAUUUCUAUUCCAAAGCUAUUGCGAUGUGUGAAAGUUCGUCGACGAAACCUCACAAUUUCGCAGCGUACUAUGCAAACCGUAGCUUUGCUCAUUCCAAAACCGAAGCAUACGGUUACGCCUUGGCCGACGCAACCAAAGCUAUACAGCUCGAUCCUAAAUACUUGAAGGGAUAUUAUCGUCGUGCAACAGCAUAUAUGUCGCUCGGAAAGUUCAAGGAAGCGCUAAAAGACUAUGAAGUGGUCGUGAAGGCGUUGCCCAAUGACAAGGAUGCUAAUCGCAAGUAUACUGAAUGUAAUAAAUUGGUCAAACGGUUGGCUUUUGAAAAAGCCAUAUCUGUAGAAGACACUAAGAGCGUUUCUGAACAAAUAGAUAUUGAAUCGAUGAAUAUCGAAAAUGAUUAUAGUGGACCAUGCUUAAAUGAUGGGAAAGUCACACUCGAAUUUAUGAAAGAACUCAUUAAAACUUACCGAGAACAGGGUAAGUUGCAUAAAAAAUAUGCUUACAAAAUACUGUUGGAUGUCAAAAAAUAUUUAGAAAAACAACCAACACUUGUUCAUAUAAAUAUUAAGUCUGAUGAGAAAUUUACUGUGUGUGGCGAUAUUCAUGGUCAGUUCUACGAUCUGUUGAACAUAUUUGAAUUGAAUGGUUUACCAUCAGAUACAAAUCCUUAUUUAUUUAAUGGUGAUUUUGUUGACCGAGGAUCAUUUUCAGUUGAAUGUAUUUUCACCUUGUUUGGAUUUAAACUUCUUUUUCCUGAUAAAUUCUUUAUGUCUCGUGGUAACCAUGAAAGUGUUACUAUGAAUAGAAUGUAUGGAUUUGAAGGCGAGGUUAAGUCUAAAUAUUCAGUUGAAAUGGCUAACCUUUUCACAGAAGUUUACAACUGGCUUCCUCUUGCCCACUGCAUCAACAGACGUGUUCUAGUCAUGCAUGGUGGUUUGUUUUCGAAAGAUAAUGUUACAUUAAAGGAUAUUGAAAAUAUUUACCGAAAUAGACAACCACCAGAAGAAGGACUGAUGUGCGACAUGUUAUGGUCAGAUCCUCAAGAUGCCCCAGGACGUUCUCCAAGUAAACGCGGUGUCGGAGUCCAAUUUGGACCAGAUGUCACCAAAUCAUUUGUUGAACUGAACAACUUAGAUUAUAUUAUCCGUAGCCAUGAGGUCAAAGCUAAAGGCUAUGAAGAAGCACAUGAUUCCAAAUGUAUUACUGUGUUUUCUGCUCCAAAUUAUUGUGACACAAUGGGUAACAAAGGAGCAUUCAUUACACUCGAGGGAAAAUGCCUUAAGCCAAAGUUUACAACAUACACUGCUGUAUCUCAUCCACCUGUGAAACCUUUAAUGUAUGCAAACUCUUUAGUAAACUUAUUCUGUUAGCCGAAUGAAACUUUUUGUAAUUUAUAUACAAGUUAUUCUUGUUGAUUUGUUUGCCUUACUCAAAAUAAAGUACAUUUUUGUAA